AUGGAUGAGAGCAUGUGGUUCAUCCAGACCAAGGCGAUGGUGCUGCAGAGCUGGUACGACGAUGCCGAGAUCGAGGAUGACGGUGUCGAUGACGUGCUCAUGGAAGGCGAGCAAGCCGUCGUGAGCACGUCACACCGGCCCAACACGUCCCUACGGGCGGCGCGGCAGGGCACCGCAGGCGGCGGUACAGUUGCUGGUCGCGCUGGUCGGCUUGGAACGUCAGCCGGCGGUGGCCGGCCAGUGAGCAGUCGCUACGGCUACGCGCGACCUGGCACGCUGCAGAACCGACCCGGCUCCGUCCGCGGCGGUCCGGAUGGCACGGCGGUGCGUCCUGUCACCGGCCGCUUCGUUCGGAUCGGCACUGCCUCCCUGCGGUCCGUACCAGGUGGACCGCACAUCAACUUGCAGGCCCUCAACCUUGAGCGCUACGCGCAGGAGAAGCCAAUGAUAGCCAAGCUGCUGUGCGACUACCUCCUCUACGUCGAGCACAAGCCCAAAAUGGCAUUGGAGCUCUGCACGGCAGCGCUGCGUCCAGUCAAGUCCGUGACGGCGCCAGCAAUCCCGCUGCCUUCAGCGCCCGGCGUUGCUGCCAAGCUGCCCAUGGGCGGCGGCGGCGGAGGGCUGCCCCCUGCCGAGAAGACCGCCGCGGCGUCCGCAGCGCAGGAGCAGGUCGGCAUAAUGAACGCGAAUGACUGGUGGUGGAAGGCGCGCCUGGCCAAGGCAAACUACCAGCUAGGGCUGCUGCGGGAGGCGGAGAAGUAUCUCAGAGCCGCUCUCUUCGACGCACCAGCCAACACCAACGUCGGGCCAGGAAUGUUGAAGGCGUCGCCCGGCGGUGGCGGUAGUCGCGGCGGCUCCCAGACGGCCCGUGCCUUCGCCAACUACAACACAAGCGUGGUGAUGCAACUGGGCAAGGUGUACCUCAAGAUGGACCAGCCGUUGACAGCUCUCGAGACAUACGAGGCGGCGCUCGAGGUGAACCCGGUCGACCACCACAUUGUCCUCUGCUGUGCGCGCCUACGCGACGAGCUGCAUGAGCCCGGCACCGCCUACGACCUCUACAACCAAGUGCUGCACCUCGAUAGUAGCAAUAUCGAGGCCAUCGCCUGCAUCGGCGCGCACCUCUUCUACGAGCGCAACCAACCAGAGCUGGCGCUGCGCUACUACCGCCGUCUGCUGCAGAUGGGCUUGCACACGUCAGAGGUGUGGACGAACAUGGGGCUCUGCGCCUUCUACACGUUCCAGAUGGAGCUUAGUCUGCGCUGCCUGUCCCAUGCGCUGGCGCUGUGUAAGGAGGACAGUCAGCGCGCAGAUGUGUGGUACAACAUCGGGCACGUGGGCAUCGGGAUGGGCAGCAUGGCCUUCGCUGAGCGCGCCUUCCGUCUUGCCGUCAGUGCCGACGUCACGCACGCCGAGGCGCUGAACAACCUGGCGGUAUUGGCCUACGAGAAGAGAAAGGAGAAGACCGGGCGUCGCCUCCUCGACACGGCGGUGCUCGUGGCGCCGAGACUGACGGAGGCGCUGUACAACACCGCCGUCAUCGCCUUCCAGGCGGGAGAGCUGGAGUUGUCGUAUCAGAUGGUGAUGCGAGUGCUGGAGGCAGAACCAGACCACCCGGAGGCAGUGGUGCUGCAAGGCAAGCUGCGUGAGCGCUUCCUCGCGAUUUAG